GGUAUUUCUGUCCUGCCUUGUCUAAAGCCUUGAAGACAAUGAAGAAGGGAGAAAAAGUCCUCUUGACUGUAAAACCUACAUAUGGAUUUGGAAAAAAUGGCAGGUCAACCACUGGUGAUGAUUGUGAUGUGCCACCAAAUGCUAACCUUGAAAUAAAUCUGGAAUUGGUUUCAUGGAAAACAGUUUCAGACAUUACCAAUGACAAAAAGGUUCUGAAAAAGAUCCUACUGGAGGGCGACGGUUACGAUCGUCCAAGCGACGGCGCAACUGUGCAUUUGAAAUUGAUUGGGAAGCUGCAGGAUGGGACUGUGUUCGAGAAAAAAGGACACAAUGAAGAACCACUGUUUGAGUUCAGGGUAGAUGAAGGUAAAACCAUUUUGCUUCUCUUUUUAUUCAAACUAGUUUCCAUGCAUGUAAGAUGUGUAAAUUGGCUGGGCAGUGCAGGCCAGGGGGUUGUCCCAUGUGGGUCCCUUUUUAUUUUUCUAGAAAAUAGCAAAAAAAUAAAAUAAAAACUAAAACCUGAA